CGUGCACAAGCAGGGAGGCUAUGAUAAGCACUUCCUCUUUCAGCCUGAGAUCUGAAAGCAAAUCAUCAUGGAGGACCCAAAGAAACACCCAGAUGACUGGACUCUAUGGUCCUUCUCCAAUAAACCACAGAAGAGUCAGCCACACAUACUCUCUCCCUUUCUGUGGACCCAUUUCCUCUUCCUGCUCGUAGGACCAGAAGCCUCUGGAAAUGACUCCACUCCAACAGCGGUGCCAGGGAUUCUAGGGGGCUCAGUGACUUUCUCCCUGAGCAUUCCAAUAGGCACAGAGAUUGAGCACGUGGUCUGGAAUGGUCCCCAAGGCACUCUUGGUAUAGUAGUCCCAGGAAGGCCUAUCAUCAUUAUGGACAAAAGCUACCAGAACCGACUGAACUCCAGCUGGGACCACUCCUUGUCUAUCAGCAACCUGACUUUGAAAGACGCAGGCUCCUACAGAGCCCAAAUAAACCACAAGAAUUUUGAGGUCAUCACUCAUAAGGAAUUUACCCUGCAUAUCUAUGAGCAGGUGCCGGUGCCUCAAGUCAUCCUGAAGUCGGUGAACAUGUCUGAUCGUGCCUCGUGUAACAUUACCUUGAUCUGCUCUGUGGAAAGGGCAGGGACAAGCGUUCUGUACAGCUGGACCUCGAAGAACACCCAAGCCUCUGAAUCCCAUGAAGGCUCCACUAUCACCGUCUACUGGAUGCCAUGUGACCCGGACCUGCUAUACAGCUGCACAGCCAGGAACCCAGUCAGCCAGAGCACCUCCACCCCUGUCCGUGCCUGGCAGUUCUGUACAGCUCCAGGAGCCUCCAGAGGAGAACCAGCUGGGGAGACAGUGGUGGGGAUCCUCGGGGAGUCAGUCACCCUCCCCCUAACGCUCUCGGCCAGUCACUACGUGAACAACGUUGUCUGGAUGUUUAACACAUCUAUUAUCACCAAAGAGCUGGAAGAGAGGUUCAAGGAUCCUGACGAGAACUCUAGCCAAGACUACUCCCUGGAGCUUGGACAGCUAAAGAUGGAGGAUGCUGGCCACUACUACGCCUAUGUGUGCUCCAAGGCCUCCAGAGUCAUCAGCACAAAACAUGUCACCGUGCUCGUCUACCGGAGGCUGAAGAAGCCAAAAGUUACUGCGAGCCUUGGAUUCACUGAGGAUGGCAUCUGCAGGGUCAGCCUGACAUGUUCAGUGGAAGACAGUGGACACAAUAUCACAUACGUAUGGACCUUCCUCCAGAAAGGAACUGUCAUGUCCCAAGUGGGAUCUUGCCUCAAUAUCUCUUGGACAAGUGAUGAAAAUCACCCCAACUUCACAUGUACCGCCAGGAACCCUGUCAGCAAAAGCUCCCAGUCAUUGCUCUCUGGUGACAUCUGCUCAGGUCAUGAGAGAAACAUGAAGCUUUACAUCGGACUCCCCUUGGUGCUUCUCAUUCUUCUGUGCUUUGGGAACUUCCUCUGGUGCAUUUGGAAGCGAGAAGGACUGUGCUCAACCCCAGCCUCCAGCUCCAGCCAAGCUGAACCCCCAGCGGACACACCAGGGUAUGAGAAGCUGGACACUCUUCCUACGACUGCCAAGCAACAGCCUAGGCCCCCCUCUGACAGCAGCUCCGACAGCAGUGGAACAACUGAGCAGGACCAGGAGACAACAGACAUGCUUAAGACUGGAAGACACCAGGAAGACACUGGAUCUGACUCGGCUUCUGAGAGGCAAGCAGAGUAUGACCUCAUCACGCUGCAGAAUGCACCUGCACCCGGGGCCCAAGACAACACGGUGUAUGCACAAGUAUUCCUCAACUUGCAGGAAAAGAUCCUAGCUCCUCAGCAGAAAGAAAGUUCAGCCACAAUCUACAGCUGUAUACAGACACCUCAGAAGGUGGUGCCACCACCGCAACAGAAUGAUCUGGAAUCUCCUGAAACCUCUACCUAUGAAAAUUUGACCUGAAAAGAAAACCAGCUGCUGCCUCUCUCCCCGUGGUUGGAGAGGCUUCUGGACGGCGUAGGGCCUGGCGCUCCUACAGACAAAGCACUUCAGAGCUGCAUUCAGGGUCUCAGACAUGCCUGGACUUAAUCCCCCCCCACUUCCUUUCACCCUUAUAACAUCCCAAGCCUGUGAAUAGAUCACACACAGGCUCCUUGGAGUCCCUGACCUUCAAGAUGCCCCCGCUCCAUCCGUCUCCACGCAUGCUCAGUCUCCCCUCUCAGUUCAGAUGCACCACCACAGAGCUUUGCCAAGGCUGGCCACAUGGUUGAAAGGGCCCUGGACCUUCACACCAUCUUCUAAACAGGUGCUAAAAUGAAUCCAAUAGAUAUUCUCACUCAUGGGCACAAAGAUCUGUGUAAAAUCAUGUGCACUGCAGAAUCUUUUAAAAUAAAAGGACAGAGGGGCACCUGGGUGGCUUAGUAGGUUAAGCAGCCAACUUUGCUCAGGUCUUGCUGUUUACGAGUUGGAGCCCCACCCACGUCAGGCUCUGUGCUGACAGCUCAGACAGAGCCUGGAGCCUGCUUCAGAUUGUGUGUAUCCCUCUCUUCCUGCUCCUCCACCACUCAUGCUCUGGCUCUGGCUCUCAAAAAUAAACAUUAAAAUUUUUAAGUAAAAGGACAGAAAUAACCUACAUGUCCACUUAGGAAGAAUCUGGCUAAAUGUAUGAUGGCGUGUCCAGGCAACAGCAAGCGCUCCCAUUUUUGUAAAGAAAGGAAAGACUAAUAUGUGCCAAUAUGGAACGAACUCUAAGAACAGAAAGAACAGAAGUCCAACACAGUGUGUAUCACAUGCAACCAGUUGGAUAAAAAAGAAAUGUAUAUCAGGGCACCUGGGUGGCUCAGUCAGUUAAGCAGUCAACUCUUGAUUAUGGCUCAGGU